AUGUCCAUGAUCUUCUUUGCCUGUGUGGUGCGGGUGAGGGACGGACUUCCCCUCUCAGCCUCCACAGAUUUUCAUUUCAACCAGGGCUUUCUGGAAUGCAGAAAGAGAUUAAAGGCAUUAUCCUCAAUUCUGGCACAGUACCCAAGUCGAGGCACGGCAAAAGGACGUGACCUUAGCAUACAUUUCCUUUCUUCUGGGGAUAUUGCCUGCAUGGCAAUCUGUUCCAGCAAUUACUCAACCAUCAUGGCGUUUUGCUUCCUGGAAGAGCUUCAGUGGGAAUUUGCUGCUUCCUACGAUACAACAAGCAUCAGUUUAGCUUCCAGACCAUAUGCUUUUCUUGAAUUUGAUAACAUUAUUCAGAAAGUGAAAUACCAUUUUAACUGCAUGAGUGGCUCUCAAAUGAAGGCCAACUGGGAGAAGAUUGAGGAGGAGCUGAAGUUCCAGCCCCCGGUUCAGCUGAAACUAGAGGAUACAGAGCUGAUGAAUGGGAUGACUAAUGGUGGGCAUGCGGGUGUUCAUGUGGAGGUUGUCCCCACUUACAGAAUGCAGCGUGUGACUCCCCUGGGGAUUCUGUCGCUUGUUCUGAACAUCAUGUGUGGAGCUUUGAAUCUCAUUCGAGGAGUUCACCUAGCAGAGUAUUCAUUUCAGGAGGACCAUGAAGGAAUUGGAAAUGUGAUAGCUUUUUUCCUACCUUUUCUAGCCUGUGUUUUUCAGUGUUACUUGUACCUCUUCUACAGUUCGGCAAGGAAGGUGAAGACGUUUGUACUCUUUUUCUCUGUUUGUUUAUGCAACAUUUACUUGUACGGAUUACGGAACCUCUGGCAAAUAGCCUUUCAUAUAGGAGUGGCAUCUCUUUCUUCUUAUCAGAUACUGACAAGGCAACUUAUGGAGAAACAGCCUGACUGCGGAGUAUGAAAAAGACUUUGGGUUUGCUACUCUAUUUUUAUCACUUUUUUUGUAUUAAACUGGCCAAAAAUAGCUUGGAGUAUUUUUAAAGAUUUGUGACAAUGGUUAUUGCAAGGCAGAUAUUUCAAAGCAACUUGAAAUAAAGUAGGAUACUGUAAUUGUGUCAAACAUACAGUAAGGAACGUAGCUGUAUUUAACAUGGCAUGUGGUGAUUGUGCAUGGUAGAUUUUGUCAGGUGUCAUCAACAGAUGGAGGUUCUCCUUACCGUAAACAGGCUUUUACUCCUUGACUAAUACCAUCUAGAUAGCAUUUUGCCAUUUGUCUUACUGGCUUUGUAACAGUUUGGCAGGUCAGUGUCUUGCCCUGCCAAUGCUUCUGAAAAUAUUAAAA